AUGGCAUUCCUCAGAGACGAGAGCGUCGACUCAAUGCACGGUCGCCUGUACGGUUCCACGCACCCUCCUCCGAGCAAGCUACGACUUCUCCCUGAGAUCAUCUCGCACAUCAUCUCCUUCGUCAUCCCAAACAGCAGCCUCACCAUAUCAAAUGACCCCGACUGCAAUUCUCAUUUCGACACCAUCAUCUCGUUUCUGAAGACCAGCAUCAAGACCAAAAACGAAACCUUGAGACAAAUCUAUCGACAGCCACUACAUAUCUGCAUUACAAGCGUAAGCACGAGCUGGUUCCGAAAUGUUUCCCAAUCCCUACUGGGCAGAGCGGCGAGCCUACCACUCAGCAACUGGCUUGUAUUGAACAUCCCGUUUACGCCUGUACCUGGGUCUCCCUGCCUCCAUACAGCUCCCUGGGACUUCAUAUCCGUAGCCAGAGAAGAUCAUCUCUUCCAGAUGGAAGCUGUCUAUAAUUGUGUAGUGCUUCUGUCUGAGAUGCUUGCGAGACAUCUGAAACAACAAUAUGCUGCGCAUGAAAGCAAUGCUACCUUAAAGAUUGCUUUCACUUUUGCGGAGGUGUGGGUGGACAGAAUGGAUAACAGUCAGCAGCAGCAGGGCUUUUUUAACAUAGGGACGGUUUUUGACCUCAUGAGGCCCUGGGGAUGGACAGCUGCGACAACAGAAGCCCUUACUGGCCAGAUCAGUUUUCCCCCUAUGAUGUUUACAGGGCACUACCACUCGUACCACGACAGCCCUGACGGCCGCGAGGCUUCUCGCUCUCGAAGCUUUGUGGAGGAUCUUGAACGUCAAUUUUCUGCCUCGUGGUCGCCCCGGUUACAACUCCCAUUAUACACCCCGUUAUCGAGACUCAAUUUCGACCCUACGAACUGGCGGUGGACGCGACACCCAGGAAUCUUUGCCAACGAGUUGAACAAUGCCUCCGGAUUGCUUUGUAUCAAGAUCACGCCUGACACGACGGCAGGGAAUGGCCUUGGGAUCUGGGAGCCAGCGAUACUACAGAGGGAGCCUUGA